GCAAGCACCGCGCCCCGGGACCGGCGAAGGGCAAGAGCGGCAACAUGGCGGCACCCGGAGCUGGAGACCCGGUGGAUGCCAAAAGCGGAAAGGCCCCGCUGGCUCAGCGCAUCGACCCGACUCGGGAGAAGCUGACUCCUGCACAACUACAAUUUAUGCGGCAGGCGCAGCUCGCCCAGUGGCAGAAGACGCUGCCACAACGGCGGACGCGGAACAUCGUGACUGGCCUGGGCAUUGGGGCCCUGGUAUUAGCAAUUUAUGGUUACACCUUCUACUCGGUGUCCCAGGAGCGUUUCCUGGAUGAGCUGGAAGAUGAGGCCAAAGCUGCUCGAGCCCGAGCUCUGGAAAGGGCAUCAGGACACUGAUCCAGAUGGGCAUGGUGCAUGUCUAACCUGCUGGAGUCCCUUCACAUGGUGGAUGAUGCUCCAUGAUCCUGUAGAAAUUGAAGCCUGCAUUGCUGGCCGUCUUACUAACUUUGGACCAUGAUAGGGGUCCAAGGCCGGGGGUUUGUGCCAUUGUCAAGGGAACAACGCCCACCUAACCUUGAUUCUGUGUGGCCACUGACCCCUUUGUUUGUUUCCUAGUUUGUUUCCUUGUUUGAAGUAUCCACCUUGGCUUUUCCCAAGCAUUGACUUCAUGGUUUAGUCCUCUUAAACUCCCCUGGGGGCCGAUUUGGAGGGUGGAGGACAAGAGGUGGGCUAUUAUGGGGGUGGGUGUGGCAGCUAUGUGCAGUGUUGGAGCCUAAAAUGGGAAAGAUGGGGUCAGGUUGAAAGUAAUAAACUGAAUCAUUUCUC